CUGAGCGCUGUCCCCCACCAGCUCUGGGCCUGGUGGGACAGUGGGGACCCUGAGAACAGGCCCCCCAGGGUGGAAGCUGAGAGUCUCCCAGGUGCUCAGGGCAGGAGGGCCAUUCAGGCAGAGGGUAUGGAUCCCUGGGCAACCGUGGCUCAUGCCUCCUGUGCGCAGGUAUGGGCGCCGAGGAGACCAUCCUCAGCGCAUUCAAGAUGCUGGACCCCGACGGCAAAGGCAGCAUUAACAAGGACGAGGGAGUCAUCAGGAGGCUGCUGAUGUCCCAGGCUGACAGGAUGACUGCUGACGAGGUAGACCAGAUGUUCCAGUUCUCAACCAUCGACACUGCUGGCAACCUGGACCGUAAGGCACUGAGCUAUGUGCUCACUCAUGGGGAGGAGAGGGAGUGA